CUAUUGUCGACAACAUUGCAUUUGUCGUGUCCCUCUCUGAUACAUCAUGACUGCAACAUGACAACGUCCAUGCUCUCCACCUACACUCCUCCUUCAGACCCGCCAGCGACCCUUGAAAAGCUCGCAGAGGCUUUACACCUCUUGCUCGCGCCAGAACCACUCUUCAAUUUCCUGCCCACGGCCUUGACGUAUUUAGCGACCUUUCAACAAAUUGCAGAAAGCGUCUUUAGCGAAGCCAGCGAGGCGUUGAGAUUGGAGCAGGAGCUCGUGCGUGAAUUACAGGACAGACAGGUGCCAGAGUCGAGAUUGGACGAGCAUGGAUGCCUCUCGAGCGACGAGGUGGAAGUUUUGGAGGAGAUGGUGUUAGGUGGUGAGAAUGGGCAUUAUUCAGUCCAACUGGCAGAAUUGUCCCUGAGGUUCCGACUCUAUCACGCCGCAGUCUUCAUCUGCAGCUCGGCAAAAGUCGAUCAAUAUGCUCCCAUCAUUUCAGAGUAUUUCCCUUCAUCUCUCAAGAAGUCUCCUGAAGGAUCAGUGGAUGAUCGAUUCAUGCGUACAAAAAAGUUUGAGGCGUAUGCUCAGCGUCUUGCGACUUAUCAACAGACGGUACAUCGAUGGCUGAAUCAAGCUCAAGGAUUGAAAAAGUCCAAGUUGACCGCUGCGAGUCUGAUGAUUUCAUUCGAUCCAACGUAUCAUGCUGGCUAUAUUCAAGGUCUGGUCGAGCAUACUCUAGAUUUUGUGGCCAAGGUUAUCCAACAUGUGGAUGAAUUGCAAGCCUUGUUUCCGGAGGACAGCGCAGAGGGAGACGCCUCGGAUGAUGCGGAGUUUUCAGCUGCAGACGUUCUACCGGAAGACGACAUGAUGAGUGCAGUGGGUGGAAAUGAUCCUCGUCACGAUGAGGUCCCUCGACAUGAGCACGCAGGAGCUGUACGCCGUAAUCCCUGGGAAGACGAUUCUAGUGGACAGCAGCCAGGCGAGGGACCAGAUCGAGCCAGCAAGGGCCCGACAGCCUCAAUGACUGCGACUCCGAAGCACGCUGGAAAACCCGAGCAACAAGAUCCUCCAGAUUAUACAGCCCCUUCUAGCGGUGGCAAGAUUGGAUCUCGGGUCGACAAGAGCAAGCUCAAGCCUUUCAGUAAUAGCAAGCUCAAAAGGCGAUCUUUUCCGGUGCCCUCCACGCCAGGUCGCUCGCAAACGGUCGUAGGCACGAGAGAGAACCCUAUGGAGUUGUGAUUCUACCAUGCCAGCCGAACAUUGCUGGACUGGAAUCAAGAUCUGCGAUCUUUGUUCGUGGACGAUUAACCGAUACUGGAUUGGGUGGCGUAAUCUGGUGGCAUGUUGAGAGU